AUGGGAUCCUUAAAACAAUUUAUUAAGGAUGUUAGAAACGCCAAUACCUUGGCAAAGGAAAGAUCAAUUAUAACCAAAGAAUCUGCCAAAAUUAGAACCCAACUAAGAAAUGACCAAUUGGAAAUAUCCAAAAGAAGAUCGAAUAUUCAAAAGUUGCUAUAUUUGUAUAUUCUGGGUGAAAAAACUCAUUUUGGUCAGGUAGAGUGUAUUAAUUUAAUUGCAUCUGAUAAUUUUAUUAACAAAAGAUUAGGGUAUUUAGCUGCGAUGUUAUUAUUGAAGAAUGAAAACCCAGAUUUAUUGACAUUGAUAACUAAUUUAAUUAAUUACGACUUACAACAUUCCAAUAAGUAUAUUGUUGCUUUAGCUUUGACUACCAUGGGUGAUUUGUGCAAUGCCGAAUUGGCCAUUGAUUUAUAUCCCGAUGUUUUAAACAUUUUAAACAAAAGAUUAGAUGAGCCUUACUUAAUUAAGCAUUCUUUAUUUGUAGCUUCCGAAAUAAUUUUGAAGGCUCCUCAGCUUAUUAUUCAAUUCACUAAUGACGGACUGAUUGGUAAAAUUAUUAAAAAUUAUCGUAACAGAUCGUUAAGGACCUUGUCUAACUGUACUCAUGGGGUACUAUUGGCAGUUUUACAAUUUAUGAAAAUAUGUUUGCUACAACAAAAACAGCAGAAACAAGAACCUGGGAAAGAGUUUAGUGAGGAAGAAAUUCAAGAUUUCGAUGAAACUAUCAAAAGAAAUUUUACGCCUUUAAUACCUGAGUUAAUGGAAAUCUUGAAAACUUGCCAUACAAAUAGUUUUGAGCCUGAGUAUGAUGUUAAUGGCGUAUCUGAUCCCUUUUUACAAGUUGCUUUGUUGCAAACAUUAACAUUACUCUUUUCUUCUAACUUAGAUGUUGAUGUUUUGAAAAAUGAUCUCCAAUAUUUAUUAACUAAUAUUGCUACGACAAAUGAAACCAACAAUAGAGGGUUUUCAGUUCAAUAUGAAACAGUUAAAACGAUAUUUAUUUUAGAUUUAGAUCCGUCAUUAAGAGUUUUAGGUGUAAACAUUUUGGGUAAAUUUUUGAAUUCCAAAGAUUCUAAUAACAAAUAUGUUGCCCUAAACACUUUACUAAAAGUUGUCCCAAUCGAACCUGAAACGGUCACCAGGCAUAAGAAAUUUAUUGUUCGCUGUUUGUAUGAAUUGGAUCCUUCUAUUAAAAGAAGAAGCUUAGAAUUAAUUUUUGCCAUAUUUAAUAAAUCCAAUGCUGGCGAGUUGAUUUCAGAGUUGAUCAAAUUUUUAAGCCAAUCAACCGAAAGUGACAAGGGAUUGAUGUUAUACAUCGUAGACAAUUUACUUGAUUUAUAUUUUGAUUCUGUUAACAAUACUCACACUACUUUUUUAUCUGAAGCCGAUCAAUUUAUCAUGAUUGUUGCAUUAUUGAAGUACUGUGGGAAAUUUAUAUAUUUUGAUAGAUUGAGUGACAUUCUAUUAAUUGUUAAUAAUUUCAAACAAACAGAAACCAAGAAAAAAUUAACUGUAGAAUUAUUGUCCAAAUUAAUCAAUAAAGGUAAGGACAAUAAAAAAGAGGAUGAUGAUUAUUACUACUAUUAUUAUGACAAUAAUUAUGGUUGGAAAUUGAUUAGUUGUUGGUGUUGUGGUGAAUACGGUGAUUUGAUUCACAAUGAAUUUUUAGAUGAUCAGUUAGUUUCCUUUUUAACGUCUUUGAAUCAAGAAUUCUAUAGUCAGUCCAACAUGCAUAUGAUUAACUACAUUUUGACUAGUUGUUUGAAAUUAUCCAUUAAGAUUGCUGAUAAACAAAAUAUUGAAAAAUUAAGACAAUUGAUUAAAUCACAUUCGAUGGAUGCCAAUUUAAUUUUACAAAUGAAAGCCAAUCAAUUUUUAGUGUUAUUUAAUGAGCCUGCCCAUGUAAAACGUGGUAUCUUAGAUGUUAUGCCUGCCUUUUCUAAGAAUGUUGCAACAGUGGGUGUUAAAAAUAAUGGUAAUGGACUGUCCUAUAAUGAAGAUAGUGUUUCAAAAGGGAAUCACAAAACUUUUAACAAUAAAAAUCAGCAAACUGAUCUAUUGCUAGACUUAUUAGAUGACAUCCCCGCUAAUGAUACUACCGGUGCUUUAGCUAAUAAUGCCUCUGCUUCUACAGCUGAUAUGAAUAGUAUAUCUUUGCCCACAUCUUCAAUUGAAUUGUAUACUUCCAAAGAUUAUUGUUUGAAGAUCUAUGGGAAUAUAACUUCUAUUGCUGAUAAUGAGGCGAACUUAGAUAUUUAUAUUCAAAAUACUGCCACAAACAACAGAAAGGGGACAAAUUUAAAAAUUUUCAUUGCAGUUUCUAAACAUCAAAAAGUUACAUUAGGUCAUUUAAGCGACACUAUUAUACCAUCGAAUAAUGGCGGAAUGGUUAAACAGAAAGUAAGAAUUACCGGAGAAGGAAAAUUAAAGCUAAGAGUUAGAUUACAAUUCUUAGAUGAGACCAAUAAUGAAAAGACUAUUCAAUUUGAUUAUAAAUUUGAUGAAAAAUUGUAG